GCUGGGCUGUACAUUCCUGCAGGUGAUUUUUGUAUUUUACUUGACUGAGCUGAGAUUUACAGUUAAAGUUGAAUUGAAUAAGAUAUUUUUGCACUGCUGUAAUUUCAAGGACUGGUAACAUGGCAUCAUCUGUACUCCUGAAGAUUAUUGUUUUCCUGCCACUGGUCGAGAGCACAAGUGUCCGGCUGGCGAAUGGCAGCAGCUGCUCUGGGAGAGUUGAAGUUCAUCAUGACGGCCACUGGGGGUCAGUGUGCGACGAUGGCUGGGACUGGCUGGACGCUCGGGUGGUGUGCAGAGAGCUGGGCUGCGGUGAUGCUAUUUCAGCACCAGGGGGCGCACACUUCGGCAGAGGGGUCGGCCCGGUGUGGGUGUAUAAUGCAACCUGCACUGGCUCCGAAUCCUCCCUUACCCAGUGUGUAAACCCAGGAGUCGGGACGAGCAACUGCAACCACGGAGAGGAUGCAGGCGUCGUCUGUGCAGGUUUUUCGUACCCUGCCUCCUCCAGUGUUCUACUCUGCAGAGUCCACGCUGCCGUCAUCAUCUGCGGCCUGACUGGAAUGAUCUUGGCCGUCAUCAUCACAGAGGUCAAAACCAGGCGGCGGAGGGCAGAGUUUUAAAGGAGCCGCAUCAUUGCACUGUGUGAAUUGGGGUUUAUUGUAGGUGUUCAUGUUCAUUGCGCUGUGUGAAUUGCUCUGAAUAAACUGCACCGUGCAGGAGUGUUCCUUUCAGAAAAGUACAGAAGCAUUCAACCACUGCUUCUAUGGUUGACUAGUGAUGAUGUUAAUAAAGCUAAAAAGAGUUAA